AUGCCUCGACACUCCAAGAACAACACUGCCUCAAGUGUGUUUACAUACCAUGAAGCACAUAAGCUUGAAUAUGGAACAAAGAGACAACGUUUAGGUAGAGAUUCAUUUAGAAAUUACAACGCUUGCUUUUUAUGUCUUCAAACAGCAAGAGAUCCUGUCUGCUGCGCUGAAGGACAUAUUGCUUGCAGAGAAUGCAUGUACGAGAGCAUUUUACAACAAAAGGAAGCCAUCAAGCUAGAACAACAACAAAUGGAGCAAAGACUUCAAGAAUUAAACAACAAGAAACAAUUGCAGGAAGAAGAAGCUAGACGUGCAUUAUUAGACGAAUUUGAUAAAACACAGAAUAGCAUGCUUGGAAGCAGACGUCGUGGCAGUGUAAAGGUCGAAGAGGCUAAAGAAAAGACAGAAAAGAAUGAGAAUGACUCCAUUAGCAGUAAUCAUAGUGGAAAAAAGCGUAAAUUUGAAUUAACAGAGGAUGAGAUUCGAUCAGUCGCCGAAAAGGAUAUAGAAAGGACUUCCUUGCAGCUAAAGGAGGAAAAAGAGGAAGCUACGAAGCCAAAGAUUGCAUCAUUUUGGGUGCCCUCGUUGACACCAGCUGCAGAUACAUCUCUUUUAAAACCAGUAAAGACUCAAGUCAUGUGUCAUGCCGCAGAAAAGGCUCAUCCUCUAAGUAUCAAGUCAUUGAUUGAUGUCAAGUUUCAAGCAGAAGGAAGUGACAAGGAUAAAAAUGUUUGUCCUGCUUGCUUAAAGACGAUUACUAACGCUUACAAGUUAUCAAUUAUGCGCUCAUGUGGCCAUGUUAUCUGUAACACUUGCGUAGAUAUGUUUGUAAAGAAAUCAAAGAAAUGCUAUGUUUGUGAAAAGAAAGUGAAAUCCAAAGAUAUUGUAGAUAUGACACCUGAAGGCACUGGUUUUGCCAGCGCCAGUUCAAAAGCCGUUGCUGAAAAAUAUACCAUAGCAUUUCAAUAA